AUGACUACACCAUAUGAGAAUAUGCGCCUCAAAAGAAUGGCAGAGAAUAAGAAAAAGCUAGAGGCUCUCAAUCUUCUACACUCUCUCAAUCCCUUAACAAAUCAUCUGAGUCUUCUUCCAAACCAUCACCGUAAACAAAAAGCGCCUACGUUCAACUACUACUCGCAAAUCAUCAAUAACCCCUCCCCGAUCAAAACUACAAUAACCUCUCCACCAAUCCAAACUACAAUAACCCCUCCCCCGAUCAAAACUACAAUAACUUCUCCGCCAAUCCAAACUACAAUAACCCCUCCCCUGGUCAAAACUACAAUAACCCCUCCACCAAUCCAAACUGCAAAAGAUGUUGUGGUAGAAUAUGAGGAUGAAGAUGUUAUGGAAGGAGAUGAGACCGAAGAUGAUGUGUCAGGAGAUGAGGCCGAAGAUGUUGUGGUAGGAGAUGAGGCUGAAGAUGUUGUGGUAGGAGAUGAGGCUGAAGAUGUUGUGGUAGGAGAUGAGACUAAAGAUGUGUGGCUAAAUAUGUGUAUUGGGAUACUUGGUUGGAAAUCAGAGCCGGAUGGAACCUGGAUAAUACUUGACUUCGAUAAGGAUCAUUGUGCAAUAGGACAAGCUUAUGGUUUGUUAGCGGGGUAUUUGGGUGUAAUUAUUAGAAUGUUUAAAGACAUUCCCAUAAUAUUCGAGAGUUGGAAGGAUAUUCCAGCAGAUACAAAAACAAAUUUUUAUGAAUCAAAGAUAAAGCGCCAUUUUCUUGUUGAUCAUGGGCGUGACAAAGAAUUCAUAUUUGCUUCUGCCUCAAAUAAAUUGAAGGAUUCCUGA